AUGACAUAUCUUGUUGUUGUUAACUUCUGGAUCAUCUCAGGCAUCAGAGAGACGUCCUCUUCAUCGCUUCAACAGACAUCAUCACUACAGCAUCGGGGGGCAUUCGUGACCGAGGAUGAAGUCAACGCCAGUCUUCAGCCGCCCGUCAUCUCCCCAUCGCCUUCGUCGCCGCAGGCUACCGAUGUGCGCUCGCCUUCCGCCUCAUGGCCGUACAAGUCGACGGCACGUCGCCAGGACAGCCACGGAUUCCAGGCGCACCGGCACCGUCCUUCUGCCGGAAGCAAUACCACGUCGCUCCGGCAGCCUCCCUCCUCCAAUCAGCCGCCCAGGUUUUCCGUCGAAGACCAAGCCUAUCUUCGGGGCCGGCUGCCCUUGCGGCAACGUGUAUCUGCUCAGACCGUCAUCAACCACUUUUGUCGUUUGCCGCUUCUGUAUCAGGACCUGGCUGAGGGGUGUUGCGCAUAUCUGUCCCAUUUACCACCCGGAGCCCAAGAGCUGGAGAAGCGUCAGCGAAUGGCAGAGCUGGCGCAGCGAAUAGCGGACAGGUACAUGCGGUUUAGACUUAUAAUCCCCCGGUCGUACAUUGUUGUGACUCUGGCGAGAUGGCAGGGAGAGUUGUCGCAUACCAGCCGGUUCUGGGAAAAGACCCUCGAGGAGAUUAAAGCCACUCAGAAAGCCAACAAUUCAUGGUCCAUAGCUCGCCUUUGGAUCCUCCGUUUUACGGUUCAAUCUUCUCUCGUUGCCGUGGCAUACAACAUGCUGCCUACACCGGGUAAAUUUGUUAGACUCAUCGCAAACUGUUUUGCAUGCGUGUGGUCUAUAACCGCCAUGUGCGAGACGCUACAUGCGCAGUACAUCGAGAUGAAGUCAGGUGAGCAAAAGUUACACGAUCCGCUUGGCGGACUGCGUAGUUGA